CGCAUUGCAGUAGAAAGAAGAAGCACGUGCUAAAAAAAGUAGAGUAAGCAGAAAGCAAACAAAUUGCAUUUGCUGCAACAAACAUAACCAUUAUCUGCCCACUGCGCCAAUAGUAAAAAAACAUUACCAAACGCCACCGGCGCUAACGUCUGCUCUAGAGUUAAGCUAUUAAGUUAAAUUGAAGCAUAAGGAACACGCUCGCCAUGGUGCCCAUUGGAGCCGUGCACAGUGGCCAUCCUGGCGUUGUGCAUCAGCAGCCGCAGCAACCGAUGCCCACGACGCCCAGUGGCCCAAAUACGCUGCAGCCGGGCUCUGCAUCAUCGACAUCGUCGAACACAACAUCGAACAAGAGCUCCAUGUCGGUGAAGCCAAAUUAUACGCUGAAAUUCACGCUUGCCGGCCACACCAAGGCCGUCUCCGCGGUCAAAUUCAGCCCCAAUGGCGAAUGGCUUGCCAGCUCAUCUGCGGAUAAACUCAUAAAGAUCUGGGGUGCGUACGAUGGUAAAUUCGAGAAGACCAUAUCCGGGCACAAGCUGGGCAUUAGUGAUGUCGCCUGGUCGUCCGAUUCUCGUUUGCUGGUCAGCGGCAGCGAUGAUAAGACGCUCAAAGUGUGGGAACUGAGCAGUGGGAAGAGUCUAAAAACGCUCAAGGGCCACAGCAACUAUGUCUUCUGCUGUAAUUUCAAUCCGCAAUCCAAUUUGAUUGUGUCGGGCAGCUUUGAUGAGAGCGUACGCAUUUGGGAUGUGCGCACGGGCAAAUGCCUGAAGACGCUACCCGCCCACUCGGAUCCCGUUUCGGCGGUGCAUUUCAAUCGCGAUGGUUCACUGAUUGUUAGCUCCAGCUAUGAUGGUCUGUGCCGUAUUUGGGAUACGGCCAGCGGACAGUGCCUGAAGACGCUGAUCGAUGAUGACAAUCCGCCCGUUAGCUUUGUCAAAUUCUCGCCCAACGGUAAAUACAUACUGGCAGCCACACUUGACAACACCCUGAAACUCUGGGACUACUCUAAGGGCAAAUGCCUGAAAACCUACACCGGCCACAAGAACGAGAAGUAUUGCAUAUUUGCAAAUUUCUCCGUCACCGGCGGCAAGUGGAUCGUCAGCGGCAGCGAAGACAAUAUGGUCUACAUAUGGAAUCUACAAAGUAAAGAGGUAGUACAAAAGUUACAGGGACACACGGACACCGUCCUCUGCACUGCCUGCCAUCCCACUGAAAACAUCAUCGCCUCUGCUGCGCUGGAAAACGACAAGACCAUAAAACUGUGGAAGUCGGACACUUAGAGUUUCCUGCUAAAUAUCCAGUGAUUGAAUUUACUACUCCGUAGCACCAAGAACAAUAGAAACAUUGCUCUGCUAUUGCUACCACUAUGAAUUUGUACAGAGCAAUAACAGAGCACAAAACUGAAAGAUUGCUCAUUCGCUUGCUCAAAGCAAGAGCAAAAAUUAUGAGCGAUAGCAAUAUUGUUAUUGCUAUUGCUAUUGUUGUUGCUACUGCAAAUCACAGAGCAAGGCGGAUGAGCGUUCUUUCAAUUUAGUUUUGUGGUUUUUGGCUCUGCUAUUGCUCUGUGCAAGUUCAUAGUAGCAAUCACUGAAAAUAACACACACAGAAAAUCACACACACAUUUCGUGAAUAAUUUUAUUUUAAAUUCAAUUACUUUUAAUUUUUUUUUUUUUUCAACGAAAAAAAAUGUAAAACAAAUGCACUUUUAAAACAUUUAAAUAGUGCAGCGGACGCAUAUAAAAAAUUGCGUCCGUAUAUAAAUAUAUAUUUAUGCAUAUAAAUAUAUAUUAGCUAAUGUAUUGGUCAGUAAACAAGCCCCAAAAACCCACAAUUUUUCACACAUUUCACCACAAUUUAAACCUAAAUUUAAGGUUCAAAUGACAAACACACCACCAGCGACAUCAAACAAAAUAACCACAUUAUUAUAUAUAUGCAUAUAUGUUUAAUUAUUAGAUUAGAUUUAAUAAUAAAAAAAAUCAUAUUCUUAUAU